CUCUCCUCCUGCUGGUGCAGCACCUGGAAAUCAAUCCUCACUUCCCUCCACUCAUCUCAUCUUUCUUGAACAAAAUCCCGACGCCCUCUUCACGUCUCCAGACCUAGCAAUUCCCGCCUCAGCUCCGACCUCUGCCGCCGAGCCCAAACAUGAAUGAGAACACAAGGGGCAUCGCCGCCUUGCCUCUGAGCCAAGGAGGAAGAACGACGGGCAGCUUCAUCGGUCGAUCUCGCCAGCGUCGUAGAGACCCAUCUCCUCUCUAGCCGACGAGGAAUCUCUAUGAUUCAAGCGCUCAUACCCCUGCCGCUAGUUCGCGAGUCCAGGGAGGCAGGAACUAGUUCGCCCAUCUUCAAUCUUAAGGUUUGCGGAGUCAUCAUCGACCAACUCCUCCCAAACCGGUAUAACAAGCAUCGCCCUCAGCCUGAAAUUUCACCCCGCCGCAUCUUGCUCUCCGGCUUCGGCAUCUUGAGCGCCUCUGACAUUCAAUUGAGGAAGCGGAGGUAGGACCAGAAGUCCAAAAUGACGACACAUAUGACCAAGGCGCCGCCGGCGUGGGUGGGUCUGGUGCAAAGGACCUCAGAGAGGAGAAGAAGAAGGUAUGUAUCUAGAUCUCUCUCUCACUUCCCCACUCUCCCUCCCUAACUCUAGGAUUAGGGAUUUUAAUUGGAAUUAGGGUUGGGGGGAAGGAAUUGAAAUUAUGAAUUUGGGGAAAUUUGACUGGCUGGGAAAAGAAUGAGGUCUGUGCGAUAGCGGCGUUGAUCCUACACGAGGUGUUCCAGUCUAGGCUGAGCCGACUCAGAUCCAUGUUCAAGGAAGAAUCGUAACGGUUUUGUGGCAAGAUUGGGGGUUGCGAUUUUUUGGGUUUCAAAGGUCUGGUUCUGUGAGGAAGAAAAGGUUGGAGGAAGAAGAUUAUAGCAGCGGUGCCGGAGAAAGGAAGGGGCGAGCUCCUGGUUUCACCAGCAAUGGUUGCGGAGAACUGAGGAAGAAGAAGCUAAGGGAGUUGGUCGGACGAGUUGUGUUUUUUUUUUUUUUUCUAAAUUAAAAUUGAAAUUGAAUAUGUAUUCAUUUCUAACGUGGAGGUCCGUUACGAAAUAAGUAACGGUAACAGAACGAAUGCCCAGACUUUGAUCGGUUACAAUAAGUUUGGAUAAUAAAUAGAAUUUUGAUAU